CUUCAACCAAGGAGAAUUGUAGUGGCCUUGAUCCGGAAAGAUACCGAUUGAUACGGGGUUAUGUAUGGACCUGUAUGGAGAGUGGAUAAAUAAGACCGCUGGACUCCCUGAGUCUCUCCCAGUUUCAAAUGAUGGGGGUUCUGGUUGCUUCGUCCCUGCUGAAUAUUUUUCCCCCACUCGAGGGGUUUUUUCAUUAUUUUUUGUUAUCAUUAUUAUUGCCAUUACUGCGCAUUACUGCGCAUUACUGCCUAGGGGGGGGGUUUUUUUAUCCCCAUAAUAGCUGGUUUUAUGAAUGUCUCCUUGCCCCAUAUCUGUAUGACCCAAUACCAACGUUGUCAAUAUAAAAUGAAAAUACCGUCCCCGGCCUUUGACCCACCGUCCCAA